GCGAGUUGGUCUGCGCGCGCGCGCGCGCGCAAGAAAGCCGCCGCCGCCUGCCCUUCUCCCACCGCCGGCUCUUGGGUUCUUAUGUUAGAUGUAGCUGCCUGGGAAGAGACGCCUCUUGGGAGCGCCCGCUCUUUCUUCCCGAUGGUGUGAAUCCGCUUCAGAGCGACCUUCGCACGAACUGAGAUCGAAAAGGAACUAUUUUUGAAGCGGCAAAGAAGUCACGGUAGCCCUACAUUGCUCGGUCUCCUCUUUCACCGUAAAGCAAAGCAGCAGCCUCCACCGCCCUCCUUCAUCUCCAUCUCUCCAUUGAAGAAGAGUUUUACCCCGGACUGAAGAAAGCAAGAAACGGAAGGGCGGAGAGAGAGAGACAGACAGAGAGAGAGAAAGAGAGAGAGAGAGACAGAGAGAAGAAAAGAAAAGAAAAGAUCUUUCUGAGAAGCAGACACAGAAAGAAAGACAGACCGACAGAGACAAAUCAAAGGGGUGACGCUUUAUAUUUUCGCCGUGGCGUGCUAAGUGCUUGUCUCUUUAUUUAUAUAGUUAAGAAAAAUAACAAAAAGGAAAAAUGGCGAAUGACUCUCCUGCAAAAAGUCUGGGAGAUAUAGACCUUUCCUCUUUGCGGGAUCCUGCUGGGAUUUUUGAGCUGGUGGAAGUGGUUGGAAAUGGCACAUACGGGCAAGUUUAUAAGGGUCGACAUGUCAAGACAGGUCAGUUGGCAGCUAUUAAAGUCAUGGAUGUUACUGAGGAUGAAGAAGAAGAAAUAAAGCUGGAAAUCAACAUGCUGAAAAAAUAUUCCCAUCAUAGAAAUAUUGCAACGUACUAUGGUGCUUUUAUUAAAAAAAGUCCCCCAGGACAUGAUGACCAACUGUGGCUUGUUAUGGAGUUUUGUGGUGCAGGCUCUAUUACGGAUCUUGUGAAGAAUACAAAAGGAAAUACUUUGAAAGAAGACUGGAUAGCAUAUAUCUCCAGAGAGAUUCUCAGGGGAUUGGCACAUCUACAUGCCCAUCAUGUGAUUCAUCGAGACAUCAAAGGACAGAAUGUAUUGUUAACAGAAAAUGCAGAAGUGAAAUUAGUGGAUUUUGGUGUUAGCGCUCAGCUGGACAGGACAGUUGGUAGAAGAAAUACUUUUAUUGGGACACCUUAUUGGAUGGCUCCAGAAGUUAUUGCCUGUGAUGAAAAUCCAGAUGCAACAUAUGACUAUCGAAGUGAUCUUUGGUCAUGCGGCAUUACGGCCAUUGAGAUGGCAGAAGGCGCUCCCCCCCUUUGUGAUAUGCAUCCAAUGAGAGCCCUGUUUCUUAUUCCCAGAAAUCCUCCUCCACGGCUAAAGUCCAAGAAAUGGUCAAAGAAGUUCUUCAGUUUUAUAGAAGGCUGUUUAGUAAAAAAUUAUAUGCAACGACCUUCUACAGAGCAGUUGUUAAAACAUCCAUUUAUACGUGAUCAACCAAAUGAAAGACAAGUUAGAAUCCAGCUUAAAGAUCAUAUAGACAGAACCAGGAAGAAGAGAGGAGAGAAAGAUGAAACAGAAUAUGAAUAUAGUGGAAGUGAAGAAGAGGAGGAGGAAGUGCCUGAACAAGAAGGAGAACCAAGUUCUAUUGUUAAUGUGCCUGGAGAAUCUACCCUCAGACGUGACUUCCUGAGAUUGCAGCAGGAAAACAAGGAGCGUUCUGAGGCUCUUCGGAGGCAACAGCUGCUACAGGAACAGCAGCUCCGCGAGCAGGAGGAAUACAAGCGGCAGCUGCUGGCAGAGAGACAAAAGCGCAUUGAACAGCAGAAAGAGCAAAGGAGGAGACUAGAAGAGCAACAGAGAAGAGAGCGUGAAGUUAGAAGACAGCAAGAACGGGAACAGAGGAGGAGAGAACAGGAAGAAAAAAAACGAUUGGAGGAGCUGGAAAAAAGGCGGAAGGAAGAAGAGGAAAGGAGAAGAGCGGAGGAAGAGAAGAGAAGAGUGGAGAGAGAGCAGGAGUAUAUCAGGCGACAGCUAGAAGAGGAGCAGCGGCACCUGGAAAUUCUUCAGCAGCAGCUGCUCCAGGAGCAGGCCAUGUUACUGGAAUACAGAUGGCGAGAGAUGGAGGAACACCGACAAGCAGAGAGGCUUCAACGUCAGUUGCAACAGGAACAGGCAUAUCUUUUGUCACUUCAGCAUGAUCACAGGAGGCAGCAACAGCAGCAGCAACAGCAGCAGCAACAGCAGCUCCAGCAGCAAGAAAGGAAUAAACAAAACUAUCAUACCCCAGAGCCUAAAUCCCAUUAUGAGCCUACUGAAAGGCCACGGGAGGUUGAUGACAGAUAUAGAAAGAACAACCAGAGCUCCCCGGAAGCCCAUUCUAAACAGGGAAGCAAAGUGUUAGAUCCACCAGUGCCUUCAAGAUCAGAGUCCUUUUCAAAUGGAAAUUCCGAGCCAGUUCAGCCAUCAUUGCAAAAACCAAUGGAAUCGCAGGUACAGUGGUCUCACCUGGCAUCUCUCAAGAACAAUGUUCCCCCUGUCUCACGGUCCCAUUCCUUCAGUGACCCUUCUCCCAAAUUUGCACAUCACCAUCUGCGCUCUCAGGACCCAUAUCCACCUUCACGCAGUGAAGUGCUAAAUCAAAGUUCUGACUCUAAAUCUGAGGUACCUGACCCCACCCAAAAGUCUUGGGCUAGAUCAGACAGUGACGAGGUGCCUCCAAGGGUACCGGUGAGAACCACAUCCAGAUCACCUGUGCUAUCUCGCCGAGAUUCUCCACUACAAAGCACUGGGCAACAAAAUAACCAAGCAGGUCAAAGAAACUCCACAAGCAAUAUAGAACCUCGGUUGCUCUGGGAAAGAGUGGAAAAACUGGUGCCAAGACCAGGAAGUGGAAGUUCUUCGGGAUCAAGCAAUUCGAGUUCACAGCCUGGUUCCCAUCCAGGCUCCCAGAGUGGAUCUGGAGAAAGAUUCCGGAUGAGAUCAUCAUCAAAAUCUGAAGGUUCCCCUUCACAACGUAAUGAAACUGCAGCCAAAAAGACUGAAGAGAAGAAAGAAAUCUUCAGACCUUGCAAACCUGCGGGAGAAGUGGAUUUAACUGCUUUAGCAAAGGAAUUGCGGGCAGUGGAAGAUGUACGACCACCUCACAAAGUGACAGAUUAUUCAUCAUCAAGUGAAGAAUCAGGAACCACAGAUGAGGAGGAGGAUGAUAUGGAGCAAGAAGGAGUUGAUGAAUCAACUUCUGGCCCUGAAGAUGCCAGAGCAGUAUCCACUUUGAACCUCAGCAAUGGAGAAACAGAAUCAGUGAAAACGAUGAUUGUGCAUGAUGAUGUGGAAAGUGAACCUGCUAUGACCCCUUCCAAAGAGGGCACUUUAAUCGUCCGACAGAGUACAGUUGACACAAAGCGUGCCAGCCAUCAUGAGAGCAAUGGCUUUGCCGGUCGUAUUCACCUCUUGCCAGAUCUCAUACAGCAAAGCCAUUCCUCCUCCACCUCCUCCACCUCCUCCUCCCCAUCCUCCAGCCAGCCGACACCCACCAUGUCCCCACAGACACCCCAGGACAAGCUAACUACUAAUGAGACUCAGUCCGCUAGUAACACACUGCAGAAACACAAAUCUUCAUCCUCCUUCACACCUUUUAUAGACCCCAGAUUACUACAAAUAUCUCCAUCUAGUGGAACAACUGUGACUUCUGUUGUAGGAUUUUCUAGCGAAGCAAUGAGAUCAGAAGCAAUAAGGCAGGAUCCAACCAGAAAAGGAUCCGUUGUUAAUGUCAAUCCUACAAAUACACGGCCACAGAGUGAUACCCCAGAGAUCCGCAAAUACAAGAAGAGAUUCAAUUCUGAAAUCUUAUGUGCUGCCUUAUGGGGAGUUAAUUUAUUAGUGGGGACAGAAAGUGGCCUGAUGUUAUUAGAUCGGAGUGGUCAAGGGAAAGUUUAUCCACUAAUAAACAGAAGGAGAUUUCAGCAAAUGGAUGUACUUGAAGGUUUAAAUGUCUUGGUGACAAUAUCAGGUAAGAAAAAUAAAUUGAGAGUUUAUUACCUCUCAUGGUUAAGAAACAAGAUCCUUCACAAUGAUCCCGAAGUAGAAAAAAAACAAGGUUGGACAACUGUAGGUGAUUUAGAAGGUUGUGUACACUACAAAGUUGUAAAAUAUGAAAGAAUCAAAUUCUUAGUAAUUGCUUUGAAGAGUUCUGUGGAGGUCUAUGCCUGGGCACCAAAACCAUACCACAAAUUUAUGGCAUUUAAGUCAUUUGGAGACUUGGUACAUAAGCCAUUAUUAGUGGAUCUUACUGUAGAAGAAGGCCAGAGACUGAAGGUGAUCUAUGGUUCCUCUGCUGGUUUUCAUGCAGUUGAUGUGGACUCAGGAUCAGUGUAUGAUAUUUAUCUUCCAACCCAUAUUCAGUGUAGUAUCCAGCCCCAUGCGAUCAUUAUUCUUCCUAACACUGAUGGAAUGGAACUGCUUGUUUGCUAUGAGGAUGAAGGAGUAUAUGUCAACACAUAUGGAAGAAUCACCAAAGAUGUGGUUCUGCAGUGGGGGGAAAUGCCUACAUCUGUGGCCUACAUUCGAUCUAAUCAGAUUAUGGGCUGGGGAGAAAAAGCUAUUGAAAUACGGUCAGUGGAAACAGGACAUUUGGAUGGUGUAUUUAUGCACAAAAGAGCACAAAGACUCAAAUUUUUAUGUGAACGUAAUGACAAGGUUUUCUUUGCCUCUGUACGGUCUGGAGGAAGCAGUCAAGUUUAUUUCAUGACUUUAGGCAGGACUUCUCUUCUCAGCUGGUAGAAGCUCUCUAGUUUGGCAAGGAAUUGCUGUCCUUUGGAGUCUUCAUAACUUGGAAUCAUUUGCAACUGGAGUACAGACCUGCCAUGAUGCAUUCCAAACAUGCUAUACUGCGUGUGCCAGCAUCACUGGUGUUGGGUUCUUUUCAUUUUUAAACUGAGGCUGCAGGGUGCAGCUGGUGCUUUUGGCCAUCAGGUGCUAUCUGAUUUGGGAUCCCACUAGAGAAAGAAUCAGGUCUCUCCUUUUCCUCCUUUCCCCGCUCCAGCUCUCCUAAUGAAUAAAGGAAGAGACUAACCAGGAAAACGAUUUUUGGAAGGAGGCAGGCAGGAGAAGGUGCAGGAAGGUGACAUAGAUGGGCUCUGUGUCACUGAAGCAAGGGGCAAAUUUAAUAUAGUAAUAUUAACAAUGUAAUUUAAUUGACGUUUCUUUUUCUUUCUUUUUUUUUUCAUUUCUUUUGUAAUGUGACUGUGGAAAAACAGAAAGAUGCAGGUUUUAAAAGUUAAUAUUUAUAAAAAUGUGAAAGGCACAGUGGUUUAGGGAAGGUGGGAUGGUUUUCUUUUUAAGUUUUGGCCUGGCCAAGAAUUCAGUCCUUCUUCUCCUGUGUACCAAGUUUUGCCUAAAAAUCACAGUGAAUGGUUUUUUUAAAAAAAAAUAACAGCAUAGUUCAUUUUUCUACAAUGACUCUUCAUUAGGCCAGAACUUGGUAAUUUCAGUGUUAGCACUGCCUCAGUUAAAGGUUUAAUUUUUGUUUAAACCUAAAAUGUGCAACAGCUUUUACUACCAGCCUAUGGGGAAAGAAAAUUCCAAACAUGUUUAUUUUUAUGCCUACCUCAUUGUUUCUAAUGCAUACAAUAAAAGAGGUGGUUUAGGUUUAUAAUUUUUUUAGAGGAACCAGUACUAAUAUCCACUUAAUUGUGAUACCAAAACUAUCAGAUUACAGUUUUGACUGUUACUUUCAUACCAGGUUUUAGGAGAUCAGACCAGUAGUCACUUGUAAUGAUUAAAUUAGAUUAAGGACUAGAAUUCAGUGACUUAAGUAAUUGAGGGGUUUUUUUUUAGUUUUGAAAGAAAUCUUUUAAUUUUAUUUUUAACAGUUUCAUUACCAAUGGAACUUAAAGAAGUUUAGCCUAAAAUCCAGAAAGGUUUACCUUUAACGUGAGAGAUUUAGUAACACACAAGUAACAAAAACUAGGCAAAUUCAAUACUUUUGUAAGAAAUUUGGAAUGUUUUCCUGUUCUAAAAAUGCAAUGCUCUAAAACUAUAAGAACGUAGUUAAUUCUGCUUAUUCGAUUUUUUUAAAGCAGUAUAUAUUUGUGUUUCAGUGUAAAAUCUAAAUUCUUGGAUCGUUUUCUUUCCCCUGUCCCAUGUUUUUAAAGGGGAAAAGCUCCACAAAAUUUUGUUUUAGCCAGAAGAUUUUUGGCCUUUAUAAUAAAUCUGUCAAGACUAAUACUUUGAAAGGCUACAUGUGUUUAUUACUUGAGAAGACUUGAGUGUGUAAUUAUCUGUUGGUGAUGUAAUAAUGCACAGUGUCAUGAUACAAUAAUUAUCAUUUUUGAAUUUUUGAAAAGGAUAUUUGAGGUAAUUUAGUUGACAGUUGCCUUAAGUUCACUGUUUUAAUCAGUGAAUUGGAUUCCAGUGUUUCAUGGCAUGAAAAUUAGGGACUUACCUGUGAUUCUUCAGUUAAGAGGCUUUGACAGAUCAAGUAAUAUAGACCAAAUGACUUGCUUUGUGUCAAACAGCACCAAUUGAAGGAGCCUAGAUCUGAGUUAGUAGUACUUAGGUCAUCAGUAAAAGUGCUGUUUCUUUUUCUUAACUAACUUUCUCCUCUUUAUUAAGCAAUUUCUUUGAAGAGCUGGAAGGUUUCUCCUUCCCUCAAAAGUAAUCUUGUAUAAAACAAAUAAGAACAAAUUUCUGGUUUGAUUUUUUUUU